AUGUCGUUCGCGUUUCUACUUCUCUUUGUUUCAGAAUUCCUGUGUGGAAUAGCAGUAGCGGCCUAUGAUUCAUCCAAGUUUGGGACUCUGAUCGGAAUCGAUCUCGGAACAACGUAUUCCUGUGUGGGAGUGUACAAGAACGGUCAUGCGAACGAUCAAGGGCCCUCCUGGGUCGCAUUCACUGAUACGGUGCGUCUGAUCGGAGAGGCGGCCACGAAUCAAGCCCCUCUCAACGCAGAACGCACCAUUUCUGACGUCAAGCGGCUCAUUGGGCGAAAGAGACUGAUUUUAUGUGUGUUUGAUGAUCCAGAUGUUCAAAGAGAUAUUAAGUUUUUACGUUACAAGGCUGUGAACGAAGAUGGGAAGCCUUACAUGCAUGUGAACGUUAAAGGUGAAACCAAGGUUUUUAGCCCUGAGGAAAUAAGUGCUGUGAUUUUGGGUAAGAUGAAGGAAACCGCCGAGGCCUACCUCGGGAAGAAAAUCAAAGACGCCGUGGUAACCGUUCCAGCUUAUUUCAAUGAUGCGCAGAGGCAGGUUACCAAGGAUGCGGGCAUCAUUGCCGGGCUCAAUGUGGCUCGGAUGAUCAACGAGCCUACAGCCGCAACCAUUAUGAUCCGACAAGAAAGAAGAGGAGCCAAUCACAACACAUAUUAAUUAGUUUACGAUCUUGGUGGUGGUACAUUUGAUGUUAGCAUCUUGACAAUGGAUAACGGCGUGUUUGAGGUGAGGUCUAUGAGUGGAGACACUCACUUGGGAGGAGAGGACUUCGACCAUGGAGUGAUGGACUACGUCAUCAAGUUCAUCAAGAAGAAAUAUAACAAGGAUAUUAGCAAGGACCCAAGGCUCUCGGGAAACUUCGAAAGGAACAUGGACUUGUUCAAGAAGAUCAUGAGACCGGUAAAGAAGGCUUUAGAAGAUGCAGGCCUGAAGAAGAAAGAUAUUCACGAGAUUGUCCUCGUUGGAGGGAGUACCCGAAUUCCUAAGGUGCAAGAGAUGUUGAAAGACUUCUUCGAUGGGAAAGAGCCAAGCAAGGGGGUCAAUCCUGAUAAGGCUGUUGCAUACAGUGCUGCAGUUCAAGGUGGAGUUCUCAGUGGCGAAGGCGGGGAAGAAACCAAGGGUAAUUGGACUGUUUCAAUUGACAUUUUGUAUAAUAUUUUGUUCCCGAUAUGUUAA